AUGAAAUCUCCGCACACGAGCAUUCCCGAGGCACUCAGUGCUCCCGAGACAGCUCAACCGCUGCCACCAAAAUCUACUUUGGAGUCAGAGUUACCAUCAGAACUGAAUAAUGAAGGAUACUGUGAUUUUAACAGCAGGCCGAAUGAGAACUCUUACUGCUAUCAGCUCCUGCAAGAGCUCAACGAGCAGAGGAAGAAAGGCAUUCUUUGUGAUGUUAAUAUUGUGGUGAGCGGGAGGGUCUUCAGAGCUCACAAGAACAUCCUGGUUGCAGGCAGCCGCUUCUUUAAGACUCUGUAUUGCUUUACAAACAAAGAAAGCCGUAACCAAACCACUGUUACCUAUUUAGAUGUUGUUGCUGUUCAAGGUUUUUCUGUCAUCUUGGACUUCUUAUAUUCUGGUAACCUCGUGCUUACGAGCCAAAAUGCCAUUGAAGUGAUGUCAGUGGCCAGCUACCUUCAGAUGACGGAGGUUGUCCAGUCCUGCCGCAACUUCAUUAAAGAUGCCUUAAACAUAAGUAUAAAAUCAGAAGCUCCAGAGACCGUGGUGGUGGAUUACAACAGAAGAUCUGUUAGUAGGGAUGGUUUGUCUCCAAGGGAUCAGAAAGUUGCCAGCUUCUGGGCAACGAGAAAUCUUACCAACUUGGCAAGUAGCAUAAAAACUGAGAAUGAUGGUUACCCUAUUGAUGAGGGCCAAAUGGAAAGCUACCAAAUGAAUGACUGCAGUUGGGUCCAGGACAGCUCACCUGAAAUGGCUGAAAAUGAAUCUCAAGGUGAGGGAAAAGUAUUCGUAUGGAAUGACAUGGGCGCACAGGGACAAUCAGUUCAAGAACCUGGAAAAGCAAGAAGGAAAAACCAAACUGCAAAGAGAUUUAUUUAUAAUAUACCACCUAAUACUGAAGAGAACUCAGAAGAUUGCUCAGUGUUGCAACCGUCAGUCCCAUAUCCAGAAGAAGAUUUGUCAUUUAUUAAAGAAGAAGCAGAAUUCGAGUAUGUGCUGGUGCAGGGUACUUCAAGUGACUUCAAGUAUGGACUGCUGCCGGGUACUUCAAGUGACUUCAAGUAUGGACUGCUGCCGGGUACUUCAAGUGACUUCAAGUACGGACUGCUGCCAGAAUCUUGGCCAAAAGAAGCUUGGGAAAAUGGCGAUUCCUCUGCUUUAAUCAUGAACAAGUUGAAGUGUCCACACUGUAAUUAUGUAGCCAAAUACAGAAGAACACUAAAGAGACACUUGCUCAUUCACACAGGCGUGAGAUCUUUCAGUUGUGACAUCUGUGGGAAGCUGUUUACUCGAAGAGAGCAUGUAAAGAGACAUUCCUUGGUGCAUAAAAAGGAUAAAAAGUAUAAAUGUAUGGUGUGUAAGAAGAUUUUCAUGCUAGCAGCCAGCGUUGGAAUAAGACAUGGAUCACGACGUUACGGAGUUUGUGUAGACUGUGCAGAUAAAUCUCAGCCUGGAGGGCAAGAGGGAGCAGACCAGGUGCAGGAUACAGAUUUCCCUAGGGAUGAAGAAUACGAGGAAAAUGAAGUGGGAGAAGGUGAUGAGGAGCUUGGUGAUGAUGUAGAAGAACAUAAUGACCAGUCUCGAUGGGAUGAAUCUGGGGAAGUUUGUAUGCCUUUAGAUGACUGACAGAGCAUAUGACUUCAGGGUGCCGCAAAUGGACACUAUAUGGAUUGACUAUUUGAAGUUCUGGACUGAAGGCUUGCGAAAUAUGGUACAGGCUGGAUGGUAGUUAUGUUGCUGUGAAAAAUGUAGGGUCAAAGCCUUAUAGCAAAAAAGGAUUAUUAAUUUUUUUAUGAUAUUUGCACAGGACUGUACAGCAUACAACCAUUUGGUUGAAUUAUACAGAGUCCUCACAUCUACAGUCACUUAUCAAAAGAAAAAUGUAUUUUUUAUUAUUUAUAGGAUAUAGCUACUUGGGUCCUAUUCAGACAUAGUAGUAACUGUACUUAUGUUACACAUUCAUGUAUCUGUUAACAUGAAUGAAGAAAAUUGCAACUUGGUAUGGAAAUACAAAGACAGCUUUUCCCAAAUCCAGUCGUACUUUGUCAGUGAACCAGUGAAGCUAAUUUGGGCUAGUGGCUUUGUUUCCACAAGCAUGUCUUUGCCAUACAAACCUUACCUCUCCCGUACUCUGAUAGGUGAAAGCCAAUCAUUUAAAUAUGCAUCACAGAUAAUGCCAACACCGUAUUGAAAUUUGGUUUUAAAACUUUUGGCUCUAUGCUGGCAGGUGGUAUAGGCGAUAAGCACUGGAGAAGUUGAUAAUGGCAUUAAUUUAGCGUCUGUUUCUUCACAGUUUUGAAUUUUCAAGAACAUUGUUAUUGAUUCAUCAGUUCCAAAAUGAUCUUGCAGAAGAAAUGACCAAUAAUGAAAAUAAUAGACUGAUCAGAGCAUGGGUAGCUCUUCUGCCAAUUAGUCAAAAGAGAUAGUCAUGCUAAAAGGUAUCUGAUGUAAUAAUGUUUCCUCCCUCCUCUAAGGCCCCCCUCUUCUCAAACUUUUUGACUUCCCUGGUGUAUACCUCAGUCCCACAGAAUAAAAAUACAAGGAAUGGAGAAAGUGUCAUAUUAAACAAC